AUGUAUUCAUCCUCGGCUGCUUCUUCAUCUUCUCGUUUUUCGCCGCGGCGUCCAUUUUCGGCCGCAAUCGUUAUUCUCAUUUUGACAUUUCUUUGCUCGAUGUUCAUUGUUGGUUUUAUUUAUUUGCUGAUUAUUGUGAAACAUGUCGAAACUUCGAUUUAUGAAAAUCUCGAAUCAAAAUGGCAUCCUGAUCAAAUUCCAAUGAAUCACAAACCAUUUUUAUACGAUCUUCGACUCAAAUUAUAUUUUGCAUGGAAUAAAAAUCUGAGUUUUGAUCAACAAGAAAACACAUUUGAUGGAAGUGUUCGAAUAAAUUUCGAAUCUGGUGGAGGAUCAAGAAUUAUUCUACACUCAAAAAAUAUAUCAAUUGAAGAAUGUUUUCUUAUCAAACCAAAUGGUGAAGAAAUUAUUGUGAAUAAUAUGACUUAUGGAGAUGAUUUUGAUAUUUUCAAUAUUUUUUUGGAUUUUGAAAUGGAAAAUGAGAGGAAUUACAGUUUGAAGAUUAAUUAUAGCGGAAAAUUCGAGGAAAAGAAUAAAUACGGGUUAUUUCAAAUUCCAUACGCAAAUGGACAAAAGUAAUUUAUUUGGGAGAGGGAAGAUUGUCGAUAUCUAAACCUUUAUUUCUUACAGAUACAUUCUAGCAACACAUCUUCAAAUGACCGAAGCUCGAACCGUUCUUCCGUGCAUUGAUAUUCCAAGUGCAAAAGCACAAUUUGCUGUGACUUUAAUUCAUCCAAUCGGAACUCAUGCGGUUGGAAAUAUGAUGGAAAAUAAAAUAUCAAAUGAUUCGAAUUGGACUACAACAUCUUUCAAAACAACACCAUUUAUGUCAACUUAUUUGUUAGCUUUUGUAAUUUCUGAUUAUCCAUAUUUGGAAAAAGUAACAAAAAAUGGAAUUAGGGUGGGUUAAUGUAACUCGAACAAAAGACAGGUUUAUUUUAUUUUCAGACACGUGUCUAUUGUGAUCCAGAGAAAAUCGAGAAUGCCAAAUUAGCAAUUUCAGUUGUAGAACCGCUUUUGGAUUUUUUUCGAAAAAUAUUUCAAUGUGUCUUAUCCUCUCGAUAA